UCAGAGAGCAAUAAUGAAAAAGUCUGAUUCUUUCUUGCUUCCUUCUUCGAACAAAACCCAAAACAAAUCAAUUCUUUAAUAAAAGGGGGAGAAGGAGGAGCCUCUGUAGGACUGAUCCGCUAUCCUGUUCUUAAAGAUUACAUCUAAAGAUUUUCCUCCCACUGCACUGCACUGCACUGCCAUUGCUUUCUUUCUUUCUUUCUCCCAAACCCCAGCAAUUACUUUCAAUCGCUCUGCUUUUACCAUCCCAGAUUUCCUUGUUUGUUUCCUGAGAAAGUGAAAGAAAGUGGGGGCGUUCUAUUUUUUUUUUGUAGUUAAAAAUGCAGAGCUUUGAGAACCCAGAACAGUUUUACGCCCAUUCUUCUUCCAUCUUCCUCCGGGGAGAUGAGAGUGGGGGAAUCCAUAGCCAUCAUACGCGUUUUCUUCCGGAUAUUGAGGAGCUUCAACAAUCCGCUGCUUUUCAUCACCAUGAUGCUGUUGAUUUAAGCCCAAGCUCUGUUUUCGGUUUAAAAUCGACCCACGCCGGUGCUCUUCCCAUCCACCUACCGUACGCGAGCUCGGAUUUGGCGUCAUCAGGAACAGGGUAUUUAGACACAGGGCAGCAAUUGAUGCGGCUGAAGAGGGUGGCUCCGCCGCAUACGACGGCGGUUACGGUGGCGGCUGCGUCGUCGUUGGGAAACGGGAGCUUUGAGAACUGGGGAGAGUCAGCCAUGGCAGAUAAUAGCCAGCAGACUGACACUUCCACAGACAUCGACACCGACGAGAGAAACCAGUUUCAGGGAGCUGCAAAUGGAGCUCUCAUGGCGGUGGACUCUCUGGAUCACUCUAAAAUGAAAUCUGCAGAUCAGAAGACUCUUCGUAGGCUUGCUCAGAAUCGAGAAGCAGCCAGGAAGAGUCGAUUGAGGAAGAAAGCAUAUGUCCAGCAGCUGGAAAAUAGUCGACUGAGGCUUACGCAGCUAGAGCAGGAGCUUCAUCGAGCGCGCCAACAGGGCAUUUUUUUGGCUACUGGGGCUGGAGACCAUUGUUUAUCAAUGGCAGGGAAUGGGGCCUUGGCAUUUGAUCUUGACUAUGCACGGUGGCUCGAUGAGCAUCAGCGGCUGAUCAAUGAUUUGAGAACAUCUGCAAAUUCUCAGAUGGGCGACGACGAGUUGCGGUUUCUUGUCGAUGGGGUGAUGGCACAUUACGAUGAACUCUUCAGGCUGAAGAGGGUAGGUGCCAAGGCCGACGUAUUCCACAUUCUUUCAGGCAUGUGGAAGACACCAGCUGAGAGGUGUUUCAUGUGGCUGGGAGGAUUCCGUUCGUCCGAACUUCUAAAGAUAGUUGGGAACCAUUUGGAGCCUUUAACAGAUCAGCAGUUGAUGGGUAUAUGCAAUUUGCAGCAAUCUUCCCAACAAGCUGAAGAUGCAUUGUCACAAGGGAUUGAAGCCUUGCAACAAUCUCUUGUAGAAACUCUUUCCACUGCUUCUUUAGGUCCAGCCAGUUCGGGAAAUGUUGCGGAUUACAUGGGCCAAAUGGCGAUUGCGAUGAGCAAGCUUACGACGCUUGAGAACUUUCUCCACCAGGCUGACCUUCUAAGGCAGCAAACACUCCAACAAAUGCAUAGGAUAUUAACUACUCGUCAAGCUGCACGAGCGCUCCUCGUCAUCAGUGAUUACAUUUCGCGUCUUCGAGCUCUCAGUUCUCUAUGGUUGGCACGUCCGAGAGACUGAUAUCUAGCCUUGCCAUAUCGACACUUGGCUGAGGGCAUUGUUGGAGGUAAUUUGCAGCAACUUCUGUGAGAACCUGGAACCAUGAAACUUUGGAGACUGUUUCAAGAAUCCAUUUGUUGCUGCUUUAUUGUGUUUUAUCCCAAGUCAUAGAAAAUGUAAAGGGGGUUAGCUUGUAAGUUGAAACCCUUUGUUGUGUUGCCAAAGUGUCUUUACCAUAUAUUUUUCUCCAAGGAUAUGCUUUAUUGGUAGUAUGGUUUAAUAGAGAUUAAUGUAGUCAUAUAUUAGUCCUUUUUUGUACUUUCUUUUGCUAACUCUACAAGUUUAAACAUUAGAGUUCACUUGUAUAAA